AUGGGCCAGAUUCAGAGCGGCAGCGAUAAGGAAGUGACUCUUGCACACAUUCAGAUGCUCUAUCAAAGGUUUAUGAGAGAAUGUCCAAGUGGCAGUCUGCAUUUACAUGAAUUCAAGAAAAUCUUUGGGAUCAACAGCAAUUCCAUGGGAGAAGCUGCAUAUAUGGAAAACAUCUUCAGAUCCUUUGACACAAAUAAGGAUGGAAAAAUCGAUUUCAUGGAAUACGUGGCAGCAGUGAACCUUGUUCUUCGAGGAAAACUGGAGGACAAACUGAAAUGGUCUUUCAGAGUUUACGACAGAGAUGGAAAUGGUUGUCUAGAAAGAAAUGAACUGAGAGUAAUUUUAAAGAUCAUCUACAAGAUACGUAAGCACAGUGACCCAUCUCUGACGAACACUGAUGACAUCUGUGACAGAAUAUUUGAUCUGCUGGACAAGAAUAAAGACAGUCAGAUUUCUUUGGAGGAAUUUAUUGAAGGAGCUGAAAAGGAUCCCUGGAUUAUGGAUUAACUCAAACUGGACUUUGGACCUUGUAGUUGGUUCCUGGAACAGCAGGAAAGGGCAGUGUGA